AAAAUAAAUAUUCUAUUUCAGCAGUGAGCUUUUAAUUUUAACUUCGACUAGUUCUGAUUUGAGCUUGUUACCAUUCAGUUAAAAUAAUGAAGUUGUAUUUUAUUGUCAUUUUUAUUUUUAUCACUAGGAUGAAAGAAAUCCAAGCUGGUUCUCCAAGUUAUGAAAGUGCAGCGCCACUUGAGACGAAAACUUGUGCUGAACUAGCUGAACAUUACUCAAAUAUGCUGAUGAGAGAUUAUCCAACUUACGAUAGUUUUAAAAUAUACAGUUAUAGAUUUGGCAAUCCUGAAAUUUACAAGCUCAAAGAUUACGUGCACGAUUUUUCAGCAGACUAUAUUUUUCUGACAAGCGAUAAUAAACAAGAAUUUAGAGAAUAUUUACGUCAUUUCUUAGUCGGCGAGUUAAUCAAGAUAAACGCUUACGCAUGCCUGGAUAAAAUAAUUUAUGAGAUUAGUCCUGUUUUUGACGACACAUAUCCAUAUGAACCUACACCCUCAUAA